AUGGAGGCUGCAUUGCCGGAGGGGCCUGGCGCCCCUCAGCCCCACGCGCAGGGAGCGGUGAGCGCGUUUGCCAGCCUCCUGCGCAGGAUAAAAGGCAAACUCUUCACCUGGAAUAUUUUGAAAACAAUUGCUCUGGGUCAGAUGUUGUCCUUGUGUAUAUGUGGGACGGCCAUCACCAGCCAGUAUUUGGCAGAAAAAUACGAAGUGAAUACCCCGAUGCUACAGAGCUUUAUCAACUAUUGCUUGCUGUUUGUAAUUUAUACAGUGAUGCUGGCAUUUCGAUCAGGUAGUGAUAACCUUUUAUAUAUUUUGAAAAGAAAAUGGUGGAAGUACAUCCUGCUGGGGCUAGCAGAUGUGGAAGCUAAUUACCUGAUUGUCAGAGCUUACCAGUACACGACUCUAACCAGCGUCCAGCUUUUGGAUUGCUUUGGGAUUCCCGUGUUGAUGGCCCUCUCAUGGUUUAUUCUUCAUGCAAGAUACAGAGUGAUCCACUUCAUUGCUGUGGCUGUCUGUCUGUUGGGUGUAGGAACCAUGGUUGGUGCAGACAUAUUAGCAGGGAGAGAAAACAAUUCAGGUAGUAAUGUACUGAUUGGUGACAUCUUAGUUCUUCUUGGGGCUUCCCUCUACGCUGUCUCUAAUGUAUGUGAAGAAUAUAUCGUGAAGAAGCUGAGCAGAGAGGAGUUUUUAGGAAUGGUGGGCUUAUUUGGAACAAUUAUCAGCGGCCUACAGCUAUUGAUUAUAGAAUAUAAGGAUAUUGCCAGCAUUCACUGGGACUGGAAAAUUGCCCUGCUCUUUGUGGCAUUUGCCCUCUGCAUGUUUUGCCUGUACAGCUUUAUGCCAUUGGUGAUUAAAGCCACCAGUGCCACUUCUGUCAACCUGGGCAUCCUCACAGCUGACCUCUACAGCCUUUUCUUUGGACUCUUUCUCUUUGGCUAUAAGUUUUCGUGGCUCUACAUCCUGUCCUUCACCGUCAUCAUGGUGGGGUUUAUUCUGUACUGCUCCACCCCGACGCGCACGGCAGAGCCGGCUGAAAGCAGUGUGCCAUCGGUCACCAUCAUUGGGUUCGACAACCUGGGACUGAAGAUGGAGGAGAACCUCCAGGAAACCCACUCUGUAGACUUGUAGCUGCAGAAGAAAGCAGAGCCCUCCUGGGAAACUGGGAGCCACCACUGGGGUAAAGCAGAACCUGCUGAUUGCUGAGGGGACACUUGGAUCAUUUCAGACUCAGAGUGAACAGUCUGCAGCAUGGAAUUUGGUCCAGUGGUUAGAUGUGAGAAAGGGACACAAAGCAAUGUAUCAAACAUUUCCAAUUGCUGUCCAGUUGACUGACUCAUUGAGAUCCCAUAUGUGUCAGAGUAGAACUGUGCUGCAUAGAUUUUUCAAUGGCUGAUUUU